AACAGCGCGGCGUGAUGUGCUGAGGGGUGGCCACGGCAGAGAGCCGGGGGGACACAGAGAGGAUGUCGAAAUCAGAUGUGGGCAGCAGGGAGGCCUUCCUGGAGGAGGAGCAAUACCUGCAAUACGGCUUGAGCUGACUUCAGAGGACAGAGGAAGUGACUGGGUUCCAGAGAUGUUAAGCCACCUGUCCAGGGUCACCCAGCCAGGAGAUGACUGAGAGAGGAGACCGGACUGCACAUUCCUUUCUACUACCGAAUAUUUUUUGAGUGCCUACUAUGUGCCAGCCUGUGCUAGGCAUUGGAGACACAGGUGGAAAAUUGCAGCGUGUUACCCGCUCUCCUGGUGCUCAUCACCCUGUGAGAGUUAUGUCAUGCCCAGACCAGCAGAGGGCUCCAUGAGGAUUUAUAGAAGAUGCCCCGCGUCUCGGCGCCUUUGGUGCUGCUUCCCGCGUGGCUCGUGAUGGUCGCCUGCAGCCCGCACUCCUUGAGGAUCGCUGCUAUCUUGGAUGACCCCAUGGAGUGCAGCAGAGGGGAGCGGCUCUCCAUCACCCUGGCCAAGAACCGCAUCAACCGCGCUCCUGAGAGGCUGGGCAAGGCCAAGGUCGAAGUGGACAUCUUUGAGCUUCUCAGAGACAGCGAGUACGAGACCGCAGAAACCAUGUGUCAGAUUCUCCCCAAGGGGGUGGUCGCUGUCCUGGGACCCUCCUCCAGCCCGGCCUCCAGCUCCAUCAUCAGCAACAUCUGUGGGGAGAAGGAGGUCCCUCAUUUCAAAGUGGCCCCAGAGGAGUUUAUCAAGUUCCAGUUCCAGCGAUUCACAACCCUGAACCUCCACCCCAGCAACACGGACAUCAGCGUGGCUGUAGCUGGGAUCCUGAACUUCUUCAACUGUACCACCGCCUGCCUCAUCUGUGCCAAAGCAGAAUGCCUUUUAAACCUGGAGAAGCUGCUCCGGCAAUUCCUUAUCUCCAAGGACACGCUCUCGGUCCGGAUGCUGGAUGACACCCGGGACCCCACCCCACUCCUCAAGGAGAUCCGGGACGACAAGACAGCCACCAUCAUCAUCCAUGCCAACGCCUCCAUGUCCCACACCAUCCUCCUGAAGGCAGCUGAACUAGGGAUGGUGUCGGCCUAUUACACAUACAUCUUCACUAAUCUGGAGUUCUCGCUCCAGAGAAUGGACAGCCUGGUGGACGAUCGUGUCAACAUCCUGGGAUUUUCCAUUUUCAACCAGUCGCAUGCUUUCUUCCAAGAGUUUGCCCAGAGCCUCAACCAGUCCUGGCAGGAGAACUGUGACCAUGUGCCCUUCACUGGGCCUGCGCUGUCCUCAGCCUUGCUGUUUGAUGCCGUCUAUGCUGUGGUGACCGCGGUACAGGAGCUCAACCGGAGCCAGGAGAUCGGCGUGAAGCCCCUGUCCUGCGGCUCGGCCCAGAUCUGGCAACAUGGCACGAGCCUCAUGAACUACCUGCGCAUGGUAGAAUUGGAAGGUCUCACCGGCCACAUUGAAUUCAACAGCAAAGGCCAGAGGUCCAACUAUGCCUUGAAAAUCUUACAGUUCACCAGGAAUGGUUUUCGGCAGAUCGGCCAGUGGCACGUGGCGGACGGCCUCAGCAUGGACAGCCGCCUCUACGCCUCCAACAUCUCCGACAGCCUCUUCAACACCACCCUGGUUGUCACCACCAUCCUGGAAAACCCGUAUUUAAUGCUGAAGGGGAACCACCAGGAGAUGGAAGGCAAUGACCGCUACGAGGGCUUCUGCGUGGACAUGCUCAAGGAGCUGGCGGAGAUUCUCCGGUUCAACUACAAGAUCCGCCUGGUCGGGGACGGUGUGUACGGUGUUCCUGAGGCCAACGGUACCUGGACAGGAAUGGUCGGGGAGCUGAUCGCCAGGAAAGCAGACCUGGCCGUGGCAGGCCUCACCAUUACUGCUGAGCGGGAGAAGGUGAUUGAUUUCUCCAAGCCAUUCAUGACUCUGGGAAUUAGCAUUCUUUACCGAGUUCAUAUGGGACGCAAACCUGGCUAUUUCUCCUUCCUGGACCCAUUUUCUCCGGGCGUCUGGCUCUUCAUGCUUCUAGCCUAUCUGGCCGUCAGCUGCGUCCUCUUCCUAGUGGCUCGGUUGACCCCCUACGAGUGGUACAGCCCCCACCCGUGCGCCCAGGGCCGCUGCAACCUCCUAGUGAAUCAGUACUCCCUUGGCAACAGCCUCUGGUUUCCUGUUGGGGGCUUCAUGCAGCAGGGUUCCACCAUCGCCCCCCGAGCCUUAUCUACCCGCUGCGUCAGUGGCGUCUGGUGGGCAUUCACGCUGAUUAUCAUCUCAUCCUACACGGCCAACCUGGCAGCCUUCCUGACUGUGCAGCGCAUGGAUGUGCCCAUUGAGUCGGUGGAUGACCUGGCUGACCAGACCGCCAUUGAGUAUGGCACAAUUCACGGAGGCUCCAGCAUGACCUUCUUCCAAAAUUCCCGCUAUCAGACCUACCAACGCAUGUGGAAUUACAUGUAUUCUAAGCAGCCAAGUGUGUUUGUGAAGAGCACAGAGGAGGGAAUAGCCAGGGUGUUGAAUUCCAACUAUGCCUUCCUUCUGGAAUCCACCAUGAAUGAGUACUACCGGCAGCGAAACUGCAACCUCACUCAGAUUGGAGGGCUGCUGGACACCAAGGGCUACGGGAUCGGCAUGCCAGUCGGUUCAGUUUUCCGGGAUGAGUUUGACCUGGCCAUCCUCCAGCUGCAGGAGAACAACCGCCUAGAAAUUCUGAAGCGCAAAUGGUGGGAAGGCGGCAAGUGCCCCAAGGAGGAAGAUCACAGAGCCAAAGGACUGGGAAUGGAGAAUAUUGGUGGAAUCUUUGUGGUUCUUAUUUGUGGCUUAAUCGUGGCCAUUUUUAUGGCUAUGUUGGAGUUUUUAUGGACUCUCCGGCACUCAGAAGCUACUGAGGUGUCCGUCUGCCAGGAGAUGGUGACCGAGCUGCGCAGCAUCAUCCUGUGUCAGGACAGUGUGCACCCCCGCCGGCGGCGCGCCGGGGUGCCUCCGCCGCGGCCCCCCGUCCCCGAGGAGCGCCGGCCGCGGGGCACCGCGACGCUCAGCAACGGCAAGCUGUGCGGGGCCGGGGAGCCCGACCAGCUGGCGCAGAGACUGGCCCAGGAGGCCGCCCUGGUGGCCCGCGGCUGCACGCACAUCCGCGUCUGCCCCGAGUGCCGCCGCUUCCAGGGCCUGCGCGCGCGGCCGUCCCCGGCCCGCAGCGAGGAGAGCCUGGAGUGGGAGAAGACCACCAACAGCAGCGAGCCCGAGUAGCCCGAGCGGCCCGAGGGGCCCGCCGCGCCGGACCGAGGAGGCCGGGCCGAGGCCCUGGGGAGGCGGGGGCGGCCGGGGCUCGGACAGCGGACAGCGGGCGCGGCUCUCCCGAGCCUGGAUCCGGCCGACUGGGGGGAUCGCGAGCCCGAGCCAGCGCCCGGGUCCGCGGGCGGGGAGCUGGGUCCCCCCGAGCGGCGAGGGCCCGCCCCCCUCCCUCCCGACCGCAAGGACCCGUCCCCUCCCGGGGGCCUCUCCCUGCCGCCAGAAUUGCAGAGUCUGGGGUGGGGGUCCCUGCGCAGACCCGCCCAAUGAGUCCGUGGGAUCAUCGGUGGGAUGUCCCCCUAGGAAGGGGCCAUUGUACCCCGGGUCUAGUUCUUACAGGAAAACACAUUAAACUCAACAGGGAAGUUUUUCUUUU